AGUAGCUUCUUCAGUACUUGCUGAAGAGGGUUAUGACAGAUAUUGCAAUGUCUGACAUGAAACAAUUAAUUAAUGCCAGAAUAACACAAAAGGAAGUCAGAAUACAAAUGUGGAUAUUACCGCAAAAGACAACGGGUUUUCCUGGGAUGCUUCAAUAGAUCGGCAUCUUUGCUGUUAAAGAGUCAACAGCCCACUUCACUGAUGAGGUCCAAAGCACCCAUGAGAGAGGCCUGAACAGCCCUCAGCAGAAGUAACCUCCCCUGGAGCAGCCGAGGGUGCACGCCAGCCUCCCCUGCCCCUGCUCUCGGAUUCUACCCUGCCCACCACAUUUCCUGCUUGUGUUGGUUCCCGGUAGCGUUCGAAACUGUUUCUCCAACGCUUCUACCAAAAACUCAGACUGUUUUCCAAAGCAGAAGUGGCCCAGACCUCCCAGACCGACGCGAUGGGGAGCAUACGGAGCCACCGCUACAGCAUUGUGUCGGAGGAGGACGGGAUGAAGCUGGCCACCAUGGCCGUGCCCAACGGCUACGGCAACGGCAACGCCAACAAGGUGCACACCAGGCAACAGCCCCAGAGCCGCUUCGUGUCAAAGGACGGCCACUGCAACGUGCAGUUCGUCAACAUGAGCGAGAAGGGCCAGCGCUACCUGGCCGAUAUCUUCACUACCUGUGUGGACAUCCGCUGGCGCUGGAUGCUCCUCUUCUUCUGCCUGUCCUUCCUGUUGUCCUGGCUCCUCUUCGGCUUCAUGUUCUGGCUGGUGGCCCUGGCCUACGGGGACAUCGAGAACGAGACUCAGAUGUGCGUCUCCAACGUCAACAGCUUCACGGCCGCCUUCCUUUUCUCCGUGGAGACCCAGACCACCAUCGGCUACGGCUACCGCUACGUCACGGAGGAGUGCCCCAUCGCCGUCUUCAUGGUGGUGUUCCAGAGCAUCGUGGGCUGCAUCAUCGACGCCUUCAUCAUCGGCGCCGUCAUGGCCAAGAUGGCCAAGCCCAAGAAGAGGAACGAGACGCUGGUGUUCAGCCACUACGCCACGGUGGCCAUGAGGGACGGGAAGCUGUGUCUGAUGUGGCGCGUGGGGAACCUGAGGAAGAGCCACCUGGUGGAGGCCCACGUCAGGGCCCAGCUUCUCAAGUCCCGCACCACGGCGGAGGGGGAGUUCAUCCCCCUGGACCAGAUGGACAUCGACGUGGGCUUCGACAGCGGGAUCGACCGCAUCUUCCUCGUGUCCCCCAUCACCAUCGUCCACGAGAUCGACGAGGACAGCCCCUUCUACGAGAUGAGCAGACUGGAGCUGGAAACGUCCGAGUUUGAGAUUGUGGUCAUUCUGGAGGGUAUGGUGGAGGCCACGGCCAUGACCACCCAGUGCCGGAGCUCCUACGUGGCCAAUGAGAUCCUUUGGGGUCAUCGCUUUGAGCCCGUGCUCUUUGAGGAGAAGAACUACUACAAGGUAGACUACUCUCGCUUCGAAAACACAUAUGAAGUGGCCAGCACGCCCCAUUGUAGUGCCAGGGAGCUGGCCGAAAAAAAGUCCAUCGCCUCGAGCUCUCAUAACUCCUUCUGUUACGAGAAUGAGGUCGCCCUGGAGAAAGUGGAGAUGGAGGAGGAGUUUGAGGAGGAGGUGGAGGAGGAGGAACAUCGAGAGGAAAUUGGCAUUGAGAAUGCAGCACUUGAGGACACAAACACUGAGGCAGUGUCCGACUCGGAACAAAGUCAGGAUACCAUGCCUUUAGAUGCUAGGCCUCUCAGGAGAGAAUCAGAAAUGUGAAUGCCAGGAGGUUGGGGUGAAAAACACACUAUGGGAAAACAUCCUGUUUAGGGUUGAACUGAGUCUUCUGACCUACGCUGUUAGUAGAACAGCACUAAAGCACCUGUGAUGUGAUUUGUCAUUGUCUAACCUAGACUCUCAGACACCAAACUGUAGGUACUUACACCCAUAAGAUAAAUUGUAUAAUACUAUUUAUUUUAGAAACACAAGUAACUGGUUUGAUAAGAGGUGAUACAUCCACAAAAAAAGAGGAAAUCUGUUCAGUGGAGUUCAGGAAUGAGAUGGGUUAAGUAGCAUAUCUUUUCUACACUACAGACACUGUGUGAGUGGGAGUGUGUGUGUGUGUGUGUGUGUGGAUGUGAGCGUGUGUGGAUGUGUGUGGGUGUAAACAUGAGUUUGUGGAUGAGAAAGAAAUAAAAGUAUGACUGCCUAAAUGAAUGGAAAAGGUCAAAUGAAGUAUUAUUGGAAUCCAUCAUCUAGUUUUGUUAUAGGAAGCCAUUAGACAUUAUUCAUCAUGUGCAUUAUUGAUAGACUUUAAUCUCACAGCAUUAACCAAAGAAAUACUCAUUUUACCCUUGCUGUGAACAUCUUAGUGUUGGUUGCCAUUAUUAAAUAGCAUGGUGUUUGCUCUGACUAAUUCAUGGCGGCUAUAGUGUUAUGAGCAGGAAAAGGUUUUAUAGGAUAUAGAGUAUUCCCAAUCCAUCCUAUACCUUCAUGUAGUUAGCUUUCCCUGUACAACGUCCAACUACUUGAAAAUACAGUAUAAAGGCUAUGUUCUUUUUUUUUUACAAAACUACUGACUUGAUUGUGAUUAUGCAGUAGUAUUAACACUUUACAACCUAACAAACAAAUGUUAAUGAGCUGGUCUCGUAGUACAAAAUAUUUGCAUCUGUUUCCUUAACAGCGUUAGUUUCCCCGUGUGAGUGAAUCCCUCAUUCUGAUAACGCCUGUGUGUGUGUGUGUGUGUGUGAGUGUGUGUGUGUGUGUGUGUGCAUGUUAGCACUGUGUGGAUUCCGAGGACAUGCACUGUAUUAUAUGCUUCUCAAUCCAUCUACUUCCUGUCUCAGUGUGGCGUCCUGUGCGACACGGGCCUUGAAGCCAGUUAGGGUCACUUUGAAGACAGUCUCCCGCAGAGACUCAUAGAGACCUGGCAUUGGCACAGUGCAAGUCAUAUUCAUGAGGGGAUUAUGACAGGCGUCAAGAAGGAGGGCAUGUUUAAGGCAAGCCAACCCUCCAGCUUUUACGUGCAAUAGGGGAAGCAGGUUCCCUGGGCUAGAAGUGAUCGAGCAAAUGAAUGUUAAAGACAAGUGCUGCUAAGUUACAUAUUGACUGCUUAGAGAGAAAUAGGAGCCAACAUGUAUUAUUUGUAUUUUUAAAGUAUUGGUUUUGAAUGGAGACUUUAUUUAUUUCUCGGAGUAGUGAAGAGGCUUGAUUCUGUCAGUGUGUUAUCCAAAGCUACAGUAUGGAGCACUUUCCUCCUACACUGAGAAUGUUAAACCCCAUAACAGUAGAUACUGUUUUAUUGAACCAAGCCAAAUCUAAAUAACUAAGGGACAACCAUCAUCUUUCAUCUGUUGUUUUAUAACCCAAACGUUGAAAACCAAAUAUCCUGGUUGAGGCUGAGGCCUCAGAGAAGUCAUAUUUACGCAGUCUGCUGUCUAUGCAGAUCAGUGUUCAUGGCAUGCCGAACAUAUAGGGUCCGACGUCAUUUGCAAACUUUGUUUGAACUUCACUGAAGAAGGUCUUGUGAAGAGAACUUCCAUGUUGUCUCUGAAUGGACUUGUGCAUCGUGUACUACUUUUGUCAUAAAUGCUAGGAUAAGGCUUAGCUCAUCAUUCAGACAAAAACCAUGCAUUGUCUUGUCAGACAGACGUAUUUAUUCACACAUAUAAGCUGUAAUCCUUUACACGAGGGUUUGAAAUCUUUGGAUGAUAACAUGUUGAAUCUUACAAAAUGUGCUAGCCCACACAUUUCUGUCAGAGCCACUAUGUUUGGUAUUCAUGGGAAGCAGAAAUCCAGUAUGUUUGUGCUCGGUUGCAAUGAGGUUAUGCCCAGUUUGUCACCACUGGAGAUCAAAGGAGGGCUGCAGACUGCAUGUAAUCGUUUCUCUGUCAUUUCUCCUCGUCUCCUAAGUCUUUAUUUUUGUAUCAGGGUCUCCCUAACGUCCUGCACAGACUAGAAGUUGUAAAGAUUUUUAUAUUGUAAAAUAUAACGUCAGAUACAGUAUAUUGAUAUUGCAGUUGUUGAAUAUACUAUUUUAUGUCUCAUUUUGUGUUUUUGUUUUUCAAUAAAACCUGAAA